AUGUCCAUAUCAAGAUCAUCAUCUUAUCAAUCGAAUAUGAGCCUUCCGGUUAUGUUUUGGACAAGCGUUUUCUUAUUACUUUUCGCUCGUGGCGUUUAUUGUAACGAAGAACAAAAUAAAUUCGAUCGAUAUACUAAAAUCGAAUUGGAUCCGAAUCCCCAAGGAUAUACGGGAUCCGAUGUUCGAGAAACGUAUAACGCAAUGAAUAUACUUCGAGAAUUGAUACAAAGGCAUCAACAACAAGAUGAUUGGAGAAAAGUUCCCAUACCCCUUUUAUAUCAAAUCAAAGCAAUCAUCAAUGAUGGAAGGAAAGAAAAAGACAAAAGAGGCAGUUGUGAGAACAUGUUUAUAUUGAUGUGA